UCACCCUUGAAAAACUGAAGCAGACGACACGAACUGUUGCUGAUGAAAUCCUAUUCCUAAUCCUAGCUUUUAAAGAUUUUCUCUUUUAUUAACGAACGUCAUCCUUUUCCCUGAUACAUUCAAUUUUCAGAGCAUUCAGAAACACAAGUAUGAUGUCUACAUCUUCUAUGUUUAGGGUUUUACUGAGGAAAAGCUGUGGAAAAUGCGGAUCUUUUCAAGUUCAGCCAUGUCGAUACUUCAAGAGGGAUACAGGCGACGGGGCAAGAAUGGUUAAAAACGUAAAACCAGCUAAAGCAAAGAAGAUAGUCGAUGCCAAAUUUGAGAAGGGAAGCUUGGAGAAGUUUGAAGUUCGCUACGAUUCCAACGAUGUCAAAGUGCCAUACAGGACACUCGUUAAGCCAUUUGCCUUUGCUUGCAUGUUCACAGGUUGUAGUUUUGCUGGGGCAGCCAUCUGGCAGUAUGAAGGCAUGCGGGCUAAGGUCCUGGAGAAGUUCACCAGUCAGAUAGGAAGGUAUCAGAGGUACCCUGCUAAGGCUGGCGAAUUCAGACAAAAGAUCAACCAGUGGUUCCAGAGCUUAUCAGGCACAGAGAAGGUGACGCUAGGAAUCAUAGCCGCCAACAUUGCCGUCUUUGCCUGCUGGAGGAUACCCAGCAUGCAGUUCUUCAUGAUCAAGUGGUUCAGCGCCAGCCCUGCCUCAAGUGCCUUAUGUUUACCGAUGGUACUGUCCACAUUUAGUCAGUAUUCCUUCUGGCAUCUAGCUAUCAACAUGUACGUCCUGUGGAGCUUUGCACCAAGUAUAGGCAUCACACUCGGCAAGGAACAGUUCAUAGCCAUGUACCUCAGCUCAGGUGUAUGGGCAUCAUUUGCCAGCUAUGUGCUGAAAGUAGCAACCUGCAAAUACCACCCGUCCUUGGGAGCAUCUGGUGCCAUCAUGGCUGUGUUGGGAGCAGUGUGCACCCAGUUCCCAGACUCCAGGCUAGCUAUCGUCUUCCUACCAUUCUUCACAUUCUCAGCAGGGAUAGCUCUGAAAUUCUUGAUAGGUUUAGAGUCGGCAGGUGUCGUGCUAGGCUGGCAGUUCUUUGACCAUGCAGCUCAUUUAGCGGGUCUUCUAACCGGAUGUUACUAUGUGACGUACGGCCACAAGCACAUCUGGCAGAAUCGGGAACCAGUCAUGAAACUGUGGCACAAGUACAGGGGACCAAGCGAGGCUUGAACACCAACCAGACAUGCUCAGGUCUAAAAGCACAAAGGGACGUUAGAAAGACUGUACGGCCCAUCCAAAAUGAACUUUGCUGCGAUUUAGCCUACUCUCCAACAGAGUCUGUUUAUGUGUACCCUCAACAGUAAGGCCAUACUCGGUAGAUAAAGAUACACAGUUGACUGUAUUUGCAUUCAAGUCUGGAAGAGGGUUGCAAAGAUAACUCCCCGGAAAAAAAACCAAUUUUUUUUUAGGAAGAAAAUGUAAAAAUUGCUUCCUGUUCUAAAUAAUUCAAUAUUGCUCUUCGGAUGGAGAAAAACCUUAUUCGCGUUUUUUGGUUGUUGAAACAUCACCAGUAAUAGCCAAUUUGCAAGGGUACUUGUUUCAUAUAAAUAAAAAUGUUUCAUAUAAUAGGCACUUAAUAAUUUGAACUGUAAAUGUAUAUUUUAUUCACACAACACACACCAUUCUAAUGUAAUUAUUCUGUACAAACAAGGUGAUUGCAAUAUUGCAGCAGAAAUAUACAAAUUUAAAUAAUUGAAGAAUUCAAUUUUUUUUUAAUUGUUUGGUAUCUCUACUUUACUUUCAAGGUAAAUAUUGUUUUAAAGCAAGACUAAAUUAUUUUAACAUACACACAAAUCUGCCAACAGGAAUUUAUAACAAAAAAAGUUCUGAGCUGAUGAGAUCAGUGUAGAUCAAAUGAGGACAAUGUUAAAAGUUUUCCAUUUCCCCCAAAUUUGAUUGGUGAUGUUGUGCAGUUUUGUGUUAGUAGGUUACAGGACAUUAUAUACUCUGAAAA